AUGAAAUUUUUGUGCAUGGCAUACAAGCCCACUGGGGAGUCGGUGCAGCGGGAGCAGCUGGCAUUUCAUUGCGUGCGAGGGUUCUUGGCCUCGGACGCGGUCCUUUACAUGCGCGGUCUCCAUAUGAGCUACAGAGAGAUGGCCCAGAAGACCGAGAAUACAGGCUUGCUGCUGGCUACCGCUGCUAAACGAAUUGCAAUCAUGAGAGAAGACAUGACCAGCCAAGCUAUGUUCCAAGAAGUGUGCAAGCUUCACUCUUCCCUUGAGCACCAGGAAAAGCAGCUGGCCAAGGAUGCUCUUGAAGGUGCUGUUCUCAUGGGCGCUGCUACGCCGCGUUUGCCUGAGCAGGAGUUCAGGGAGGAGGUCAAGAAGGCUGCCGCGGCGCUGCAUGCGAUGGUUAUGGAGGCCCAGCCGAGUCUGGAAGUGGUUGAGGGGCUUGAUGCGACCGUGAAAAGGCUGCCGAUUAUGUAA